AUCUUUCGGGACUGCUUUCUCAGUUUGUUCGCCUCUCUUCGUCUGCACGGAAGACAGAUAUCCCUCAGAUUGUGAUUGGGGAAGAAGCGCAGGACGCUGCAGCUCCAUGGAGUCGUACUGCUGCAGAACGCGCAAGCACGGAGGCCGCACUCUUACCGUUUCUUGUACAUCUUGCUGUCGCGCGGGAUGACAUCGAGGGACUUGAGUUCUGCCUUACCUCAGCAGGUACAACCUCGUGUUCCGGUGUGACUGAGGGAACGGCAGAGGUCGUCGUCCCAGGAGGUAUGGUAAAUUGUUUGGACCCAGGGAGCGGACGGAGUCCUUUACAUGUCGCCGCAUCAAAUGGGAAUAUAAGAUGUGUCGAGAAAUUACUAGAGAGUGGUGCUUUGGUGCAUCUCAGGGACGAAUUGGGACACACUGCCUUAUAUUAUUGUGGGUUCAGGUGGCUGAGGUUGGUAGGCUGGCGCCAGGGUCAUGGUGACAUUGUCGAUACGCUUGUGAGCGCAGGCGCGAAUCUUGGGGGCAUGGAGAAUGAGGCAGGUUAUGUGGGGCUUGCGGUGCAGAAUGCUGUUCAUGCUGGAAAUGAAGCUACGGUGGACAUUUGGAGACGGGCUGGCGUGAAACUUGCGGAUUAGUUAUUAGUUGUCUCUGCAGCCUUGUGACCACGGCGAGUUUCAUACCGUUAGCGUUAUGUACAAAGUACAGUCGUGUAAUAUUGGAGAAAAUAAAUUUGAUGAUACCGCCACG